UAAACUGGUUAAACUGAGAUGGAUGGAUGACAUAUGCCGCGGCCUUACAAAGAGGAGGACAUCAGGGUGUGCGACACAACGAAACCAACAAGAGCAACUGCAGCCCUUUGCCAAAUUAGCAAAGCUAAUUCCGGUUAACGCAGCGGAGGUGUUCGCAAGGCUGGACGACUUGGUUAACCAGUGUCCAGCCAAGAAAACCCAUUAGGGUGUGUCCUGGGAGGCAGAUCCCGAUGCUGUAUAAGCAAUGCAGUUUCGGUUGUGGACGUUGCAUUUGUAGUGAUUGUGCAUUUCUGUUAGUGCAUUUGAGUUGCUGUCGUAUUGGAGUAAAGAUGUUUUGCAUUUAACAAGUCGUUCUUAAAUAACAAUACGUCGUCUGCUGUAAUACUGCUGUAAUAACAAUACUGCUGUAAUAACAAUACUGCUGUAAUAACAAUACGUCGUCGUUCGUCGUCGUCGUUCUUUUAAUUGAGGAUCAAUAAUUUUUUUUUUUGUUCAUUAUGCCGUCUCGUCGUGCUGUCUCACAAUCAACCAGCCGCCGAUCAGAUGCGUCUCGUAGCCGUUCGCGCUCCAGAUCCACAUCCCGGUCGGCUACGCGUUCUCCUCCUCCGUCGUCCAGUUCGUCCAGUCACUCCAGUUCUACGCGCUACCAAGUAAAUGAUAAGCGCAAAGCAUCCACGUCACGCGAUUCAAAGCGUCAUUCCGUUGGUUCUGGUGAGUCAUUAGACCGACUUCUCCGCCUUAAAUCGGAAUUGCGUCAUGAAUUACGGAAGUUGGACAAUCACACGUCGCAGGUGUUGUCAUCUCAACUUCCUUCACGUACACAGUCAGUUUCUCCUAAUAAAUCCCGAGACAGUGUUUUGCUUGUAUCGGAACAACACCAUCCUGUCCAGUUUCCACGUUUGCCAAUAGCGGCGAGAUUGGGUUUUGAGUUGCCGUCUGUUCCUUCAAGAGUUGAACGUGAAUUGCGUGAUCGCACCAAGUUUGUUCAUUUUAGUGAGCUGCUGUUGGUUAAUCAGAAUUUGGAUUCUCAUGACCGCGGUGAUUCAUCCCGUGGCAAAUUGGCGCCAAUUUCUUCAUUUGCAGAGUGGUGUGAAGCGUUCUUUGUGUUUAUGUCUUAUCGGGCGCAUUACUUCCCUCAGUUGCAGCACCCAUUGUUGAAGUAUAUGAGUAUUAUUGCGAGUAUGGCUAAUCCAAAGCGUCAAUAUCACAUUAGCCAGUGGCUCGCUUACGACCAGCAAUUUCGGAUGUUUGCUCGUAUGCAUCCUGAUGAUUGUUCGAUUUGGCAGCGCACUGAUAAUGAGAUUUUCCGUUUGACUAUGAUUAUGCCUGGUAAUGCUGUUGCUAAUCGCGGCAAUAUCAGUACUUUUGGCAGUGGUUAUACUGGUGUAGGUUAUACCGGCACUGGACAUACCGGCUAUACCGGCACUGGUUAUACCGGUCCUGGUUAUACCGGCAAUGCGCGUAAGUGUUUACGCUGUCAUUUGUUUGGUCAUUUGGCUCGUGAAUGUCCUGACAAAAUUGCGGAAGAUGCUAUUCGUAUGCAAUCCAGUGAGCAGCUUUUUCGCGGGCGUGGAGUAUCCGACCGUAGAGCUGUCUGCAUCGAUUUCAACAAAGGAAACUGUUCAACACCAUGUAAGAAUAAACUUCGGCAUAUGUGCUCCUAUUGUACCGGCGCCACCCAUGGAGAGUACAGCUGUUGGAAAUUGCGCGAUGCCGGUAAAUCCGGCAACACCGCUUAAAAUUGGCGUUUUCAUAGAGCUGCUUGCGCCACAUCCUGAUCGUUCUUUUGUUAAUCAGAUUGUUACUAUUUUGCAACAUGGUGCUAAUAUCGGUUAUUUUGGUCCUCGUGUUUCUGUUUAUACACCUAACUGUAAAUCGGCUAAAAUCCAUAAAGAUGUUUUACUUAAAUCUGUUCAAAAAGAAAUCGAUCUUGGUCACACGGUUGGCCCUUUUCGGCAUGCACCAUUUGUUAACAUGGUAUGCAGUUCAUUAGGCGUGGUGCCUAAAAAGACAUCUGGUUUUCGUAUUAUUCUUGAUUUAUCGCGGCCAGUCGGCCAGUCUGUGAACGAUUACAUUGAUAAAGCUACAUUCUCAUUAUCAUUUUGCUCAGUAGAUGACGCUAUCGCCUUACUUAAACGAUUUGGGAAAGGCGCCUUAAUGGCGAAACAGGAUAUUAAACAUGCCUUUCGGCUGAUUCCUGUAAGACGAGAAGACUG